ACGGAGCGUGCUGAGUGGAUGCUGGGAUCCGCUGAGGCCAGGCCUUUGCUGUGUGUCUACGGAGCGGGUUCACAGGACCGACGCCAAGAUGAUGCUUUCAAGGGCCAAACCUGCUGUAGGUGGAGACCUACCACACACCGACAAAAGAAAGAAGAAAGGUAGGAAGAUUCCAAAACUAGAGGAGCUACUUUCACAAAGAGAUUUCACUGGAGCUAUUACCCUAUUGGAGUUCAAACGUCAUGUUGGGGAACAAGAAGAGGAUACUAAUUUGUGGAUUGGAUAUUGUGCUUUUCACCUGGGUGACUACAAGAGAGCUUUGGAGGAAUAUGAAAAUGCAACAAAAGAGGAAAAUUGCAAUCCUGAAGUCUGGGUGAACCUAGCCUGUACCUAUUUCUUUCUUGGGAUGUAUAAACAAGCUGAAGCAGCUGGAUUUAAAGCUACAAAAAGCCGACUACAAAACCGCCUGCUCUUCCACUUGGCUCACAAGUUUAAUGAUGAGAAGAAAUUGAUGAACUUUCAUCAAAAUCUUCAGGAUAUCACAGAAGAUCAACUUAGUUUGGCCUCAAUACACUAUAUGCGCUCUCACUACCAAGAAGCUAUUGAUAUAUAUAAGCGAAUACUUCUAGAUAACAGGGAAUACCUUGCUCUCAAUGUUUAUGUGGCCCUCUGUUACUACAAGUUGGAUUACUAUGAUGUGUCUCAAGAAGUUCUGGCUGUUUACCUUCAGCAAAUUCCUGAUAGUACCAUCGCACUCAAUCUUAAGGCCUGCAAUCAUUUUCGCCUUUACAACGGCAAAGCAGCUGAGGCAGAACUCAAAAGCUUGAUGGACAAUGCUUCUUCUUCCUUUGAAUUUGCUAAAGAACUCAUCAGACACAAUCUGGUUGUUUUCCGAGGAGGUGAAGGGGCUUUGCAGGUUUUACCUCCCCUUGUCGAUGUCAUUCCUGAAGCUAGGCUAAACUUAGUGAUUUACUACCUUCGCCAAGAUGAUGUACAAGAAGCUUAUAACUUAAUUAAGGAUCUGGAACCUACUACUCCUCAGGAGUAUAUCCUCAAAGGAGUGGUCAAUGCAGCCCUUGGCCAGGAAAUGGGUUCAAGGGACCAUAUGAAAAUUGCCCAGCAGUUCUUCCAGUUGGUGGGAGGAUCAGCUAGUGAAUGUGACACAAUACCAGGGAGGCAGUGCAUGGCUUCCUGCUUCUUCCUACUUAAGCAAUUUGAUGAUGUCUUGAUUUACCUCAACUCAUUUAAGAGUUACUUCUAUAAUGAUGACAUCUUUAACUUUAAUUAUGCACAAGCCAAAGCAGCAACAGGCAAUACUAGUGAAGGUGAAGAGGUGUUCCUCCUGAUCCAAAGUGAGAAGAUGAAAAAUGAUUACAUUUAUCUCAGUUGGUUAGCUCGGUGCUAUAUCAUGAAUAAGAAACCAAGGCUAGCCUGGGAACUUUAUCUCAAGAUGGAAACUUCUGGCGAGUCCUUUAGCCUCUUACAGCUCAUUGCUAAUGAUUGCUACAAAAUGGGCCAGUUUUACUAUUCAGCCAAAGCUUUCGAUGUCCUAGAAAGGUUGGAUCCCAACCCUGAGUAUUGGGAAGGCAAGAGGGGUGCCUGUGUGGGCAUUUUUCAGAUGAUCUUAGCUGGAAGAGAACCCAAAGAGACCCUUCGAGAAGUGCUACAUUUACUGAGAAGCACUGGUAACACCCAAGUAGAGUACAUCGUCCGGAUCAUGAAGAAAUGGGCCAAGGAAAACAGAGUACCUGUCUAAAAGAGCAUCAGAGUCCUAGGGAACCAGUCACCAUUUUGACAUAAAAUUGGAAAUCCUUUUCCACAUAUUUAAUGCAAGAUGCAGAGCUCUAUUUUAUUGAAGUCUCUUCAAGCCUCAAGGUCAGUGACUGACUUGCUUAGCUCUAGCCUCCUGGCUGAACAAAAUGCCAAGGUCUAUGCUGCAGCCCCUGUAUGAUCCACAAGCAAUAAGACUUGAGACUUACCUUGUGCCUUUUUUCCAAAAAUGCUCAUAGUACUCUUGUGUAACUUACUUGUUUUAAUGAGAACGGCAUAACUUCUUUUUUUAUAUUAGCAUUUCAUGGCAUUUUCUCCUAGCUGCAAUAACAAACAUCUUUGAGGCUCAAGAGCCACCAUCAUUCUGUCAACCUUUGUUUAGCCAUCUCUGCACAUUAUCCUGUUUUACUAGGGAAUUCCAGUAAAACAGGUUUUACUAAUGCAUCUCUGAAACCUGGGAGAACAGAGGCUGUAACUAAGUAUAUGAUUCUAAGAAUGGCAGUGAGAUCUUUUAUCAAACUGUCCAGUCAUUAAUAGAUAAUAGGUUUAUGGAAUUACUCUUGCAACAAUUUGAUUCUUUAUGAUAAUAACAUGUUACAAUGGAGUAAGAUGAGUAUUGCAGUUUUUAAAAAGGUGAGUCCUAUGAAAAAAUCUGCAUGGUACCUCUAAAGGUAUUCAGGAAACAAAAUAUACUAAUCUCAUUGGUCAUAUCUCCAUAUGCUUUAGAUAACAAAAAGUUAAGUUUUUUAAUGAUGUAUCUUGCUGAAUAAACAUCAUUUUUGAAAGUAGGGCUACUGAGAUUAUAUAUAUGUAUUUGUGACCAUUUGUUAAUGUAAUGACAAUAGAAUACAAAUUGUGUAGAGCCCUUUGAGGGAUCUUCUAAUGGCUAGACUCUAUCCUAAAUCAUAAACCAGCCCCAUAUUUCUUAGCUCUCACAACAUAAACCCAUUAUACAACUGCAUAUUACCUUUGUUUCUACACCAAAUUAUUUUUUUCUAUUAGUUCAAAGUACCCAGUGGUAUAGGUUUGGAAAGUAGAAAGCCAUCCCUAUCUAACAGAGAAUGGAUGGGAAAAGAAAUGGAAGAGAGUCCAUAAUUCCUUGAAGCACUAAAAUAGAAUAAUUCCUAUAGACACUGUGCCAGGUGUUCUGCUUAUGCUCCCAACAUUCCACUGUGGGUGAAGCAGUUGUAUUGAAUGGUGAUGGGAACAUGGCAGGAGUCAAAACCGCCAAAAAGAGAUGAAAUCACUGAAGAUAGCCUUUGCCUUCUGGACAGUUCUUUCAUUUGCACUCAGGAAUAUGGCCAGUUUUUCUAUUGUUUAUCUUAGACCCAGAUCUAAUCAGUUUAGAGCACAAAUCAAAAUAAGCUGGCCUUACUUGUUAACUGAAUUUUAGAAAACAAAACACUUUUCAUAUGUCAAAGCCUCUGUUUCCUCAUGAUGUUGUUCCUACUUUUUCAAAAAUCACUGGUUCUCAGUAUCUAAGGUACACGAAGAGUCAAAUCUUGAGAGAACCUGCUAUAGUUUUUAGAAUCAUUCUUGUAAUUUACUUACCUCACUUAAAAUAUUAACAAACACAAUAGUGGAAAAGACUGAGAUGGAACUCAUCAGUGGCUGUUGGCAAUAAAAUUUGUCUUCCAGUGAAUUAUUUUCAAAUUUACUAUACUUGAAAAGCUUUUUCAUUGGUGAAAAUUUACUUUAAAAUUAGCUUUUGUUGAAUGUGACACUCUAGAUUCUCCCUGACAUUUUCCUGUCUUUUGGACAAAAACAUAUUCUAAAAAUAGCUAUUCCCAGAAUUUUAGACUUUUAAAAAAGUUUUUAAAAUACAGGAUUGAACCAAAAAACAAAAGACUAGUCUAAAGAGAAGUACCAUACAAUUCUGUUGUUUUUUGGGAUAGUUUUAUAAAAUGUCUUGACAGGGUCUCAAGAUUAUGCAGUAGUAUCUCAUGGCUGUUUUUUCUUAUGUGUGACGAUAUUAGGGAGAGAGGAAGGUCCAGGCUUAGAAAUGUAGUAUAAUGUGUACAGUUCAUAGCAUCAAUGUACUGUUUAUAGUUUGUAGAAUACAUCACUUGCAAACAGAAAAGUAUCUCUUACAGUUAUUUUUGUACUUCAAAAGAAUUAUUAUAUUCCACUAUAAUAUGUUCAAAUUAAAGUUUAUUAUUUGGUUCUUA